CCAAAAAAAACCAUGAUUGAUUUGCUCAAGACUGCAGUGGACAAGGCACUAGAGAGUGAUAAUGGACACCUGGAUCUUUUUCUUCGAUUCCUCCUUGGUUUGUCACUCCAGUCCAAUCAGCGACUCUUACAGGGUCUGUUGACACAGCAGGAUGGAAAUGACCAAAUCAAAAAGGAAAUAGUUCAGUACAUCAAGCAGAAAUGUGAAGCUAAUCUGUCUCCAGAGAGAUCCAUCAAUCUGUUCUACUGUCUGAAUGAACUGAACGACCAAACUCUGGUAAAAGACAUUCAGACCCACCUUAGCAAAGGAAGUCUCUCAUCUGCUGAUCUUUCACCUGCCCAGUGGUCUGCUUUGGCCUUUGUGUUGUUGACAUCAGAGGAGGAGCUGGAGGAGUUUGAGCUUCAGAAAUUCAAGAAAUCAGACGAGUGUCUCAUUAGAUUAUUGGCAGUCAUCAAAACCUCCAAAAGAGCUCUUCUGUGUAAUUGCAGUAUUACAGAGAAACAGUGUCUCAUCCUGACUUUAGCUCUGAAAUCAAACCCAUCACACCUGAGAGAACUGAACCUGACAGGGAAUAAACUAGGAGACUCUGGAGUGAAAAACCUCAGUGAUCUACUGAUGAACACACAAUUCAAGCUGGAGAAACUAGAUCUUCAUUACUGUGGAAUUACAGAUGUUUCUUCUUUAACUCAGUCUUUGACAAACACAAAAGCACUGCAGUUUCUAAAAGAGCUUGAUCUGAGUUUUAAUAAGAUUGGAGACUCAAAGCAGCAGCUCAUUGAUGUGCUACGAGACUCAAACUGUAAACUGAGUGUAGAUAGAGAUGAUAACUGCUGUAUAUUAUAAUUUGAAGUUGUCUUGAGAGGAGCAGUAAACAUCAGGUGAGGAUCCACAGAAGAGCUUCACUACUGUGUCUAUGAGGAGAAAGAAAUGUGUGAUAAAUGUGUGAAUGUGAUCCAUACAGGUGAAGAGACUCAGACUUUACAAUCAAAUAAUGCAGCAUGUGUGUUAGAAACAUGUGAUAUUGAAUGAUUAAUGUUGCUUUAGUAUUCAAGUGAUCAUUUUGUUUAAUUUAAAGCUGGAACAGAGGAGGAAGAAGCUCAGAUGAGUCUGUCUGGCUCUUCAGUUUAGUAAUAUUUGUAUUAAAAUCAUCCAUAAUGAUUCAAAUGUUUCUAAUCAUAAAUGCAGCACUUAAAUGUAUGAAAAGAAAUUAUAAAACCAAUCUGUGUGACAUUUCCAUGUUACUUAAC